AUGGAGAAUUAUACCCCCCUGGAAAGGCCGGUGGGGGAUGACGCACAGCCCAUAACCGUCCACUUCACCCUGAGCCUCAUGCAGAUCAUGGAUGUGGUAAGAUCCUGAGCCUGGACCGGCUUAUAUGGAAACAACGCACAUCGAAUAUAUCACUUUCCCCUUCCCCUCCCCUGUCCACCUUGGGGUUUUCCUUGGGGACCUGUACAUUAUGCACUAGAGAUCUUUCCCUCCUUAUUUGCCACCUGAAGUUCCUUAAUGCCUCACUCCUGAGCUUUUAACAUUUCCCUCCCCCUUUUUUUUGCAGGAUGAGAAAAACCAAGUUUUGACCACCAACGUCUGGCUGCAGAUGGUAAGGUCAUGGCUUACGGGGGGCAGAGAAACCAGAUGUACCUGUUGUACUGCGGCAUCGACUGCGUUGUAUCAGUAGCCCUUCUGAUCUUAGCAGCUUACCUCUUGCAAAGCUCACUUUGCUUGCUACUUUUAUUUGUUUGUUGCAGCUGAGCUCUUGCAAAGCUUACCUUGCUUGCUACUUUUAUUUGUUUGUUGCAGCUGAGCUCUUGCAAAGCUUACCUUGCUUCCCCGCCAAGUAGUGGUAACUAUUGCAAUGCAUCGUGUUGCUUCAGAUGAAGCUCACCUGGGGUGGGAGCACAAAGGGGCCCUUAAAUAUUGGCAACUUCGCCUUAAACAACAGCAGCAACACCCUAACCCUAUCCCUAACCGAACGAAACAUUGGCAGUGUCCCUUGAACGCUGCUUUUUCUUACCCCUCCGUAGGAUGGUGAGAGUGGAGGCUUAUAUCCACCUAACAUCAAUCUAUAAAUGGCUGUCAGUGAAUCUGCUCCCCUGAGGAAUAGCCCCACUGAUCCUCUUGAGGGGCAAAACCCUUCAGAAACUGGGUUUUGCCCCUCAAGCCCUUCUAAGUCUGGGCUUGGGCCAGGCAAAGGCUACGGUCAGGCAAAGAAUCAUAGACACCGAGAGACAACAGGGCUGCUUAAGGUGCCCCUGCUAUAAAAUUGGAGAAAUCGAGAGAUAUAUAGCCUCACCAGCAGCAUAUCUCUUCUUUCUCGUAUCCAAAAAUGCAAGAAGGGCUUUUACACUCGCCAGAAGUUCGGCUCUGCCCUCGCCGGUCCUGGAAGGAUCCUUUAAAAAAGUCCCAGAGACUUUGCGCCUGUUCAUUGGGGGAUAUAGGAAGCCCAGAGCACUUGUUUUUUAGAUGUCCCUUUUAUGAAGAGGCACGUAGUGAGACCAUUGAUCCCCUGCUGGUGAGGCUCGCUGACCUCCCGGAAAAGCAAAAAAUUGACCUUCUCCUGUUAGGCAAAGAUCAUAAGACGACCUGGAUGGUCGCCAGAUUCUGUGUACAGAUCUGUAGGCGCAGACCAUCCCCCAACCCAAACUAGUUCGUUAAGAAAAUCCCCAAACUCGGUUCCAUGGGUGACUCUGGGUCAUCAAUCUGCCGUAGCUUAUCUUGAAAGUUUUAAGUGUCUAUACGCUUAUCGCAUUUAUAAAUUUUAAAUUUAUUGUUGUACAUUAUUUUAAAUGUUUGUUUUCCUUCGGGGAUUGUACCCCCAACUGUGUUUUAUAAGCUGGUCUCCGACUGUAAUAAAUUAUCUAUCAUCUAUCUAUCUAUCUAUCUAUCUAUCUAUCUAUCUAUCUAUCCCCCCUCAGUACUGGUACGACCAUUACUUGCAGUGGAAUGAAUCGGAAUACCCCGGCGUGAAGACUCUGCGGUUCGCAGCUAACCAAGUCUGGAAGCCUGACAUCCUUUUGUACAACAGGUGGGAGAAGCUUGUAGCUGGGAUAUUUGGUGGUGUUCGCUGGGUGGGUAAUAAGUUGGGCUUCUACAAGAGCCAGGUGGUCAAGUCAACCAGUGGUCAAGGAACUCAGAAAGGCAGCUGGACCACAGCUCUGACCAUCCCUGGCUGGGCUUGCUAGGGCCGCUGGGAGCUGCAGUUCAGCAUUUGGAGAGCACCACGUUGGCGACCCCUGAGCUAGAGAAUGAAACCUUUGCAAGGACUUGUAAGGAGCAAUCUCUUUUUGGAGCGCUUCCACCAAUACAAACCUCUCUGGACUCAGGUGGAUGCCCCCUUCUGAGGGAGGUCCAGAGAGUGGCACCAAGGCAGCAGGGCCUUUUUGGUGUUGGCUCCAGACUUGCAGAACGCUCUCCCCAGUGAAGCCCGUCUGGUACCAGCUUAUCCCUGGAAGGAGAGGAAGAGAAUUUUAUUCCUCUAGAGGCUUUGCGCCUAGACUUCAGAGCUCCCCAGAGUGGUUCCCCAGGUCCUAGCACAGGACUGUCACACAAGCCUUUACGUCAGGGGUCAGCAAACUUUUUCCGCAGGGGGCCGGUCCACUGUCCCUCAGACCUUGUGGGGGGCCGGACUAUGUUUUUUUGGGGGUGAAAUGAACGAAUUCCUGUACCCCACAAAUAACCCGGAGAUGCAUUUUAAAUAAAAGGACACAUUCUACUCAUGUAAAAACAUGCUGAUUCCCACGGGUCAGAUUGAGAAGGUGAUUGGGCCGGAUCCGGCCCCCGGGCCUUAGUUUGCCUACCCAUGCUUUACGUGCUCUGAUGGGUCAGCUGAAGCAACCGGAAAGAAAUCUGAUUUAACAUAGGAAAUUGAAGGAAAACUACAUGAAGAUGAUCUCUAGAUGGUACUUGACGCCAAGUAAACUAGCAAAAAUGUAUGUCAGAGUCAGGUACGUGCUGGAAAUGUACAGGGAAAUGUAAAAAUGUGAAGGUACAUUUUAUCAUAUGUUGUUGGACGUGUAGAGUAGCUAAGGGGUUUGGGACAAUGUAAAGGUAAAGGGACUCCUGACCACUAGGUCCAGUCGUGACUGACUCGGGUUGCGGCGCUCAUCUCGCUUUAUUGGCGAGAGCCGGCAUACAGCUUCUGGGUCAUGUGGCCAGCAUGACUAAGCCGCUUCUGGCGAACCAGAGCAGCGCACAGAAACGCCGUUUACCUUCCUGCCAGAGCGGUACCUAUUUAUUUACUUGCACUUUGAUGUGCUUUCAAACUGAUAGGUUGGCAGGAGCAGGGACUGAGCAACGGGAGCUCACCCCGUUGUGAGGAUUCGAACCGCCAACCUUCUGAUCGGCAAGCCCUAGGCUCUGUGGUUUAACCCACAGCGCCACCCACGUCCCAUUUGGGGUGAUAUAUAAAGGAACAAAAUCUGAUUUCACUGAGCUUCUUCAACUCUUCCCCUCCCCUUCUCCUUCCCCUCCCCAGUGCCAAUGAAGAGUUUGACUCCACGUUCCACACCAACGUCUUGGUCAACUCCAGCGGCUACUGCCAGUGGCUGCCCCCAGGUGAGAGGCGGGCGGAGAGAUCCAGAGGCAGAUUUGGUGUCACAUAGCGGGAAAGUGGUGUCUUUUGCCAAAGGCAAGGUGGUUCUUUUAAAAUGAGAUUCAGAAGUAAUACGAAACACAAGGGAGUGAGAAGAUGAAAGAUUUUAUUCUAAACAGCAAGCAAUAUAUACCGUAUUUUUCGCUCCAUAAGGCACACCGGACCAUAAGGCGCACCUGGUUUUUAGAGGGGGAAAUCAAGGGGGAAAAAAUAUUGUCUGCUUCUCCCAGAGCUUCUUGGGGCUGCCAGGGGAAGCCCGGGUGUCCCCCCCCAGCCCCAAAGAGCAAAGAAGCCAAGACAGCGAGCAGGAUCCAUCCCGCUGGCUGCCUUGGCUUGUGCCAUAGCUGCGCGCAGCCUAUCUGGCCAGAGGGGCUGCACGCAGCUGAAGAAGCCAAGACAGCAAUGGAUCCCGCUCGCUGUCUUGGCUUCCUCUUUAGCCGCGCGCAGCCCCUCUGGCCGGGAGAGGCUGUGCGCGGCUAUGGCAAUACCCCCACCUCCCGCAAAAGCCCACAGGAGCCACGCACCCUUUAAGGAGUGUGCGGCUCCUGUGGGCUUUUCUACGAGGAGGAAGAAGAGGGGACUGACUGGCCGCGUCAGUCCCUUCUCCCUCCUGGGGAAAAGCCCGCAAGAGCUGCACGGAACUUGUAUGCGGCUCUUGGGGGCUUUUCCUGCCUGCCUCCCCCCUGCAUCCGCUCCAUAAGACGCACACACAUUUCCCCUUACUUUUUAGGAGGGAAAAAGUGCGUCUUAUGGAGUGAAAAAUAUGGUACAUACCAAGCGAGCGCUUUAAUCUGCCACUCAGAAGCCCUAAAAAAGCAGCAAAAUGUAGCCUCAGUUUGUGGUCGAUCAGUCCGUGCAGGAACUUCAAAUAACCUCUUCCCACAACUAUCCAACUUAUAGCUAGCCAGCCCUUUCCUGACUGGCUACAUGCAGAACAUCCCGGGCCGGAUUUAGGCUGGAUGAGGCCCUCAGCUUCUGAAGGUAAUGGGGUCCUUUAUAUGUCCAGCUGUCCUUUGUCAACAACAAAUUGUCACUGUUUUUUUGUGUUGAACAUAUGCUAUAUGGUAAUUUAAGGUCCUAAUAGGUAUCUAGAGCCAUUUGCACAUCACAAAAUAUGUAUUUUAUCAAAGCACCGUACUUUUCUGUGUAUAAGACUACGUUUUUUUACUCUAAUGUUCAAAAUCUGGGCUCGUCUUAUACACGGAUAGUAUCUCCAUCCAUUUUCUUAAAUGGGAUUCCCCCUAAAAUAGGGGGCAUCUUAUACAUGGGGGCGUCUUAUAGAGGGGGGAAAUAUGGCAAUUAUUGAACCGAAAUACAAUUAAGAAGUAUAUUAAUAGUGAAAUAAUUAUUAAGCUCUAACAUAAAAUGAUUGGGGGCACAUGACUUACAUUGUAGGAGCCUACGCAACACAAAACACUGUUGCUGUAUGUAGGUUUUAGUUUAUUUGUUUCUUAACUUAUAUUUUGGAAAUGUACAUCCAGCCCCUCCCCAUUCCCGAGGGUCUGAAUCCCUAUUCGGAAAUCUCCAAAAUACUGGGGCGCUUUGAAGCAUAUAUGUCACCGAUUACAACAGUUAAAUGUUAAAUUAGAGCUCCCCCUGCUGACGACUUCUAAAAAGAAUUUUUUUUGGUAGCAGGUCAAAAGCAGCAUAAUGAUCAUAAAUCAGGCAUGUCAAAAGUCCGUUUUGGGGGCCUAAUCCGGCCCACCGGUCAAUUUAAUCCAGCCCCCGUGGCAGUAUAUGUCAUGGCGUAAAAUCCUAAAAAAAGUUCAACAACUUUUGGGUAAAAUUGAUUUUCCAAUAGAAAACAUCCAAUUAAAUAUCCAAUCAUAAAACUUCAAUUAAACUAAAAAAAACUAAAAUAAAAAAGAUAAAAGUUUAGUCCAAAUGGUAUUUAUUAAUUUCUCGGGGCUCCCCACGGUCUGGAUCUCUGGAGCAGAUCUCCACAUCUUAGUCCUGCUUCUCCUUGUUGUUUCCAUAUUUCCCACAUCUCGAUUUUAAGGCUUCAUAAUAAAAAGCUCAACAACUUCAAUCCUAAAAAAGUUUUGUGGAACUGGCGGAAAUGACUGGUAGAAUCCGUGACCAGGGAGAAGAGUCGGGGGAGGAAGAUUGGAAGAAAUUCAAAGACUAUCUUCAGAAACAUUGCAAAAUUAAAGAAUGUUAGAGUGAUGUUGGACUGAAAAUAAGCGGUUUCCAGCUGUACAGGUUAAAGUUAAUGAUAGACUAAGAUUAAGAUUAGGAUUAAAGAUGUUUAAAGAAAUGGAAAUUUGACAAUUAAGAGGGAAAAUUUUAAUGUUAUACUAUACUAAGAUUAAAGAUCAGGUUUAAAGAAGUUGAAGUUAUAUAUUACAAUAUUAUAUUAAAGUUAAAGAUUGGGAUUAAAAAAAGUUGAAAAGAAAUUGCUGGACAAACAAUUUGGAUUGGAAUACAAAAGAGGGAGGUAUGAGGAAGUCCAGAAAAUAAGUAAACUAAAAAAACGGAAAUGGAAAAGAGAUAUUGUUUUUAAUUGUUAUGUUUUUUUUUAUUAUUAUUGAAUUGUGCUUUUUUUUUGAGUGUUCUUGUUAUCUUUUUUUUUUUUGAGAUAUGUAUUGUGUAUGUUUUUCUUUUCUUUCUUUGUUGUUCAAAACUUAAAUAAAAAUUAUUUAUAUAUAUAAAAAAAAUCCUAAAAAAGUUUUGGCCGGCCCUCAUGCAUGUUCACUUCAUCAAAUCUGGCCCUCUUUGGAAAAAGUUUGGGCACCCUGUCAUAGGUCCUUGUUUCAGCCUGUCUUUUCCGUUGCAUUUUGGCUACGUGUAUAAUUUCUGUUCAUAACAAAACAACAACAACAACAACCACCACCUUGGUGUGGCUCAUUUGGCCCGUUCCCCCUGCCCCAGGCAUCUUGAAAAGCACCUGUCGAAUCGACGUCCGCUGGUUCCCCUUCGACACCCAGAAGUGUGACCUGAAGUUUGGCUCCUGGACGUACGACGGCUGGCUGCUUGACCUGCGCAUGCUGGAGACGGACACCUCUGGCUACGUGGCCAAUGGCGAGUGGGACCUCAUGGGUAAGGGGGAACCUCCAGCAAACCCAGCGCCAAGCUCCUAGCCCUCAUGAGGUUGGGCUUAUUAUUAUUUUAGACAAUAGGGCUCCUGCGGCCAGGGCUGGGGGAAGGAAUUCAGCUUUGUUCUCAUUUAAAGGCAAACCUGCCUUGUUCACGCUUUUUGAAAAACAGUGCAAACUGGAACACAGUUGUUCCGCCUGGCCUUUGGCUUGGAAUCCACUUGAUCCCCUUCCCCUCUUUCUUUUUUCCUUUCUCCUUCUGUGAUGGAACUCCUAUUUGGGGACUUCCCUGGCUUUUUUCUGGCCCAUGUAGGACCAGUCUGGAUAGUUAGCCUUGGUGAAGACUUAACGUUUUUAUCCCCCCAAAAGUUUUUGAUUGAGUUUCCACUGAAAUGAGGCUGCAUUUUAAUGUUUUAAUGUUGUAUUUUAAUCUUGUUUUUAAAGCUGUAUUUCAAUCAAUUGCUUUUAUAUUUGGUGUUAGCCAUUCUGAGCCCGGUCUUGGCCGGGGAGGGCGGGGUAUAAAUAAAAUUUAUUAUUAUUAUUUACUAUUAUUAAUAUUAUUAGCCUUCUUAAUUUGCACUUAGCAGGGCAGUUUUACAGUCAAGUCGGGAGUACAAAAUUGCAUCUGCCCGGGUAAAACAUGCACAUAAAUGCCUAUAUAUGAAGCCCGGUGCAAAGAAAGUCCUGGGCCUUGCAGACUUGGGUAAAUGUGAGGGGCAUCAGUUGGGACAGAUUUCUUAGACUGGCGUGACCAAAUCAAACUUGUGAAAAUUCCCUGUAAAAGGUACCAGAGGCCAAUUGACCUCAUCCUGCACACAGAAAUCUCUGGAAUGCCGUUAAACCAUCUGCUGUUGCUCAGCAACUCCGGAAUGGGGGGAGAAAUUCAACUGAGUACUCAUUUAAACCCAAACUGACCAAAUCCACACUUUACAAGCCAAUACAUGAAUUAAACAAAGCCACCCUCCCAAAUUCACACUUCUCCGAAUUUUGCAAUGCGCUUCUCCAGCUGAGCGAUAUUUAUGAUAUUUAUGCAUAUACUGCGGUGAAGCGUGCGUAGAAACGCAUAUAAUGUGCAAAAAAAAAGUAUUAGGAAAUCGCUUUGCAAAAAUGGUGUGCGGCAGGACUUUUUAAAAUGCAAGUUUGCAAACUGAUGUGGGCAUGUGGAGGAGAACUGAACCUCAGGUUGGGGGGCAAACCCCCCCCCCCAUGAGAAACAGGAAGAAACUGAAACGGAUUGAUUCUCUGGCGUACGCUGACUCCCUCUUCCUCCUCACCUGCUACAGGUGUGCCUGGCAGUCAGAACAAAGUGUUCUACGAAUGCUGCCGGGAGCCCUACCUGGACGUCACCUUUGCGGUCACCAUGCGGCGCCGAACACUUUAUUAUGCCCUCAACAUGCUGGUCCCUUGCCUCCUCCUCUCGGCCAUGACCUUCCUGGUCUUUCUCCUGCCAGCCGAUUCCGGAGAGAAGAUUUCCCUGGGUAAGCAGAACAAUUCAAGCCGAACAAUUAUGCUAACUAUUGCCUGCGUGGUUCCCCCUUCCACUACCUAGCACUUUUGUUGUUGUUUAGUCGUUGAGUCGUGUCCUCCUCUUCGUGACCCCCUGGACCAGAGCACGCCAGGCAAUCCUGUCUUCCUCUGCCUCCCGCAGUUUGGUCAAACUCAUGCUGGUAGCUUCAAGAACACUGUCCCACCAUCUUGUCCUCUGUCACCCCCUUCUCCUUGUGCCCUCCAUCUUUCCCAACAUCAGGGUCUUUUCCAGGGAGUCUUCUAUUCUCAUGUGUUGGCCAAAGUCUUGGAGCCUCAGCUUCAGGAUCUGUCCUUCCAAUGAGCACUCAGGGCUGAUUUCUUUCAGAAUGGAGAGGUUUGAUCUUCUUGCAGUCCAUGGGACUCUCAAGAGUCUCCUCCAACACCAGAAUUCAAAAGCGCCAAUUCUUCGGCGAUCAGCCUUCUUUAUGGUCCAGCUCUCAUUUCCAUACAUCACUACUGGGAAAACCAGAGCUUGAACUAUACGGGCCUUUGUUGGCAAGGUGAUGUUUCUGCUUUUUAAGAUGCUGUCUAGGUUUGUCAUUGCUUUUCUCCCAAGAAGCAGGCGUCUUUUAAUUUCAUGACUGCUGUCACCAUCUGCAGUGAUCAUGGAGCCCAAGAAGGUAAAAUCUCUCACUGCCUCCAUUUCUUCCCCUUCUAUCUGCCAGGAGGUGAUGGGACCAGUGGCCAGGCACCCUCAAACUCGGCCCUCCAGCUGUUUUGGGACUACAGUUCCCACCACCCCUGACCACUGGUCCUAUUAGCUAGGGAUGACGGGAGUUGUAGUCCCAAAACAGCUGGAGGGCUGAGUUUGGGGGUGUCUGACCUAGCAGAAGCCCCGGCGUUCGAAGCCCUUUGCAGAUAUUAUCUGAGUGGAUUCUCACAACAGCCCCACGAUGAAGGUUGCUAUUUGUUAUACCCAUAUUGCAGAAGGAAGGACUGAGGCAGAGGAGUGCGGACGAGGUAGCUGAGCCUCCUGGCAGAUUUUCCUUGGGUCGUUGUUGGUUUUUGCCUCUCUCACUUAGACGCUCCUUCAAACCCAGUGGAAUAACAGCCUGUUUCCCCCCGACAGGCAUCACCGUUCUCCUCUCGCUCACUGUCUUCAUGCUGCUUGUGGCGGAGGUUAUGCCGGCCACCUCUGACUCCAUUCCGCUCAUAGGUAUGUACGGGAGGGAGAUCUGGAGAUGGAUUGGUUUCCUCAGGGAUGGGCAGACCUUAAUUGUGCUCUCUGCUCCUAAAUGUGAUGGAGCCAGACAAUUAAACCCCUGUGUUGCAAACAAUUAUCAGUAAUACCCAAGGCAACACGAUGACGAAGUACAACAAUGCGAUGUCAAUAUAAACUCUUUAUAUAAUCUAUGCGGAACAUAUAACAAUAUGAAAAACCAAAUAAACAGAAUCUCAUAAAUCUCCGAAAGUAAGUCUUACAAGUCUUGUUAUGUUACAUAACUGUAUGACCACUGCUCCAUAGAUAUUGUUGUUACACAAUUCCAUUCACCAUAUAUAGAUGGGUUUAUGAAGCAUUUCUGUAUCCUUCUGCUGUGCUGAAGAAGAAUUCUAUGAAACAGUUGGUAUAUCUGGAAUCACUAUUCACUGCGUCUGUUUGCGGACCACUUCGGCAGCGUUGGACGUCAUAAAACAAAGCUUUAACGGCUUGUUUUUCACCAGAUAAGAAUCUGACCCAUUGCUUCUCUCAGAGACCUGCAUAGUCUACAAAGACUUUCAGAGACUUAUAAGACUUACUUUCAGAGAUUAAUGAGAUUCUGUUGAUUUGGUUUUUCAUAUUGAUGUUUCAUAUAGGUUAUAUAAAGAGUUUAUAUUGAUAUUGCAUUGUGGUACUUGGUCAUCGUUUUGCCUUGGAUAUUACUGAUUACUACUGCUCCUAAAUGUGAUGGGAGACGGGUUGCCAUGGUCACUUUGUACAGGUUUAGAGAUCAUAGAAUCGUCAAACUAUAUAGUUGCAAGGGACCGUGAGGGUUGAGUCUACCCCCUUGCAAUUCAAAAAACCCCCUGAUUCCUGAGAUAUACUGCUCCUGUACUUGGAAGUUCCAUUUAAGCCUCACAUCUGUCAAUACAUGGACUUAUUCAUUCUUAGUUGCAUGCCAGCAGAAGGCAGGCAAAUGUUAUAGAAACAAUAAUUAGGAUAUCAUUGCUAGGUAGGGAUGAACAAAUCUGUCAGUUCUAGUUUCUCAUUUUCCAGUUUGCCGCUGUGUCGUUUUUGGUUUUUAAAAAGCAAACACAACAUUUCACAAUUGUUUUACUGCACAUCUUCGAGCAUACAAAAUUUUGCAAGCCAAUUCCCCCAACCCAUUGCAUUUUUGUAUGCUGUUCUAAGGAAAAUGUAUUCAUUUCCCUGCAACUUUCCUCCUAACACAUGCAUUUUCGUACAUAUUUUGGUUGCAAGAAGUUUCGGAGGAUUUGUUGGUUAGCGUUUUGAUUCAGGAAGUGUGAAUCAGGCAGGGUGUGAUCCUCUAAGAUCUGCCCCCCACCUGCCUUGCCCUGAUGUGUACUUCAGAAUCCUCUGAGUCCUUUCUCUCUGCCUCUAGGACAAUACUUUGCCAGUACGAUGGGCAUGGUGAGCCUCUCUGUGGUCGCGACAGUCUUUGUGCUCCAGUACCACCACCACGACCCGGACGGCGGCUGCAUGCCCAGAUGGGUAAGAGCUUUUAAAAAUCCGUUUUCAGAAUCGCUGCUUUGUUUAUCACAUGGCGCCUUGUAUCCAACGUAGGCGACAUUCAUGGCAUUCCUUUUAUUUUUCUUAAAUCUUUUUUAUUAGUUUCCCAAUAAAAAACAUCCAGUUAACAUAUCAAACCAUAAUCCAAUGAAAAUAAAGAACUAAAAUAAAAAAGACCAAAUUAUCACCCAAAUUAUAAUUAUUAAUUUUUCGGGGCUUCCCAUAGUCUGGACCUUUGAAGCAUAUCUCCAAAUUUCAAUCCUGCCUCUCCUCGUUGUUUUCCACAUCUCGAUUUUAACGCUUUAAACUUCUCCGUCUCUGGCUCUGCGGCAUUCCUUUUAAAGCACUAGGAUCCCACCAUAAACACUGUCAUGGCUUUCCCCAGAGAAUCAUGGGAGCUGUAGUUUGUGAUGGGUGCUGAGACUGGUUGCUAGGAGACACUAUUCCCCUCACAGAGUUACAAUUUCAAGAGAGGAAUCCAUCCCUCUUUUUCACAUAUGUAACAACAGAGGCUAGGAUUCUCUACGCACAAAAAAUGGAAGAUCCCACCAAAGAAUGGGGAAGUGAGGCGAUGGAUGAUGUAGAACUGGUCAAGUUAACAACCAGAUUAAGAGAAUCUAGCGAUGAUUACUUUGCGGAAGGCCGGAAACACUUUUUGGACUACAGUGGUACCUCUGGAUACGAACGGGAUCCGUUCCAGAGCUGUGCAUCCUGAAGCGAACGCAACCCACGUCUGUGCAUGCGCAAGUCCCAAUUCGCCGCUUCUGCGCAUGCGUGGGACGUCAUUUUGAGUGUCUGCGCAUGCGCGAGCGGUGAAACCCAGAAGUAACGCGUUUCGUUACUACCGGGUCGCCGCGGAGCGCAACCCGAAAACGCUCAACCUGUAGCAACUUCAACCCGAGAUAUGACUGUAUUUAACUCGUGACAAACUUCACAAGCAGGAUUUAAAAUAUGAGCAACGGGAGGAAUUGGAGAAUGCAGUAUGGAUGGGAUGGUAUAAAAGAGAAAAUGUUUUGUGCGGCAGAAGGUGAGAAAUAAAAACACCAUGGAAUAUGGGAUGGGAAGCUGGAAAAAUGUCUUACGUAUGGAAGCCUGAAUGUCAAAUUUUUGAAAAUUUAAUCUCAAUUUAUUACAAAAAAUGAAACCACCCACCCCUCUUUCCAGGGGAUUCUGGGAAUUGUAGCUCAUCCUACCAACCCACAACACCAUUAACAAAUGACAGCUCCCAGAAUUCUUUGGGAGAAGCCAAAAUGGUAUCAGAUGUAUGGUGGAAACUUGGCCCAAGAGCAUUUAUUGGUUUCUGAGUUGUUGUUGACCUUCCCCUGACGAUCCGCUCCCUCUUCCCUUGCGGACCCCCUUCCUUUCUUGGUCCUGUAAUAAACGGGGUCCCCGUUUCCCCUUGCCCGUAAACUCCAUUCCCUCUCCCUUAUCGUCUUGCUGUUUCCACGCAGGUCCAGGUGGUGGUGUUGCAGUGGGGAGCCUGGCUUCUGCGCAUGCGCCAACCCGGCGAGGACCCGGUGGGGCGGCCGCACUGCGCCCCCAGCCUGCUGAGUUGCAGCUCGGACAGCAGCGACGGCGGUGGCUCGCCGUCCCGGCAGGCCCGUCUCCCCGUGGCGCUGCCCAACGGCAACCUCGCCUACCCCGCGGCGCUGCUCCCGGCCAAGCCCCCCGACGUGCCGCGCCCGUUCCUCCCGUCCCCGGAGCUGCCGUCCUCCAGCCCCGAGGAACUGCUUGCCGUGCCUGAGCUGGGCCGCAUCCUGGAGGAACUGCACUAUGUGGCUCAGUGUUUCCGGGGCCGCGACGCCGCCCAGGCCGCCUGCAGCCAGUGGAAGUUUGCGGCGGCCAUCCUGGACCGUCUGUGCCUGGUCACCUUUGCUCUGGUCCACAUCGUCUGUUCCAUCGGCAUCCUCAUGGCCGCGCCCAACUUCCCCGAGGCCAUCACAAAGGACUUCCUGUGA